AUGCUGCCCAGCGCCCUGUACUGGGACCUGGUGGGCUCCUCGGCUCUGCUCCAGCUGCCGGCGGCGCCGGGCUUCGGCAGCCUGGGCAAAAGUUUCCUCAUCGAGAACUUGCUGCGGGCCGGGGCGCCGCAGAGCGCGGCCCAGCUGCGGGCCCUCCCCGCCAGCCCCGUGCCCCUCAAGCUGUGCCCCGCGGCGGAGCCGAGCAGCCCCGCGGCGGGUCCCUUCCCGACCAGAUGGGCCUUUCAGGUGCUUAACCCCUCCGCGGCGGACGGCGGCCGCCCGCCCGCGCGGGCCCCGGCGGCGGACAGAGGCGGCGUCUUCCCGCCCGCGGCCACAGCUCUUUCCAAACACUUUUUUCUCCGAGCCCCGCCAUUCUACUCAGCAUGCUGCGGUGGGUCCUGUCAGCACCCUGCAUCCCCCACUGCUUUUCCAAGAGAGGAAAGUGUCCUGCCUCUUCUGACCCAGGAGUCCAGCUCCAAAGCCCGGAGAGGUAUAUUAAGAAGAGCUGUUUUUUCUGAAGACCAGAGGAAAGCUUUGGAGAAAAUGUUUCAGAAACAGAAAUAUAUCAGUAAAACAGACAGGAAGAAACUGGCCAUUAACCUGGGUCUAAAGGAGUCACAGGUGAAAAUUUGGUUUCAGAACCGAAGGAUGAAAUGGCGAAACUCCAAAGAAAAAGAAGUGCUUUCUAACAGGUGCCUCCAAGAAGAGAGUCUUCAGGAGAACUACCUCUCAAGAUCUACUGUGAAUUUUACCUCCCCGUGCCCUGCUGUGUGGGAAGUAUCUCAGGAGCAGGCAAGUACAAGGUGGAGGGAGAAUUCUCCAGGAACUUCUGAAAGACUGAUUAGUACACAACCACCUCCAAGAGCAAAUUCAUCACAGAGCCCACUGUAUUUCUAUCCUGACCAAGACACUGCAAUUAAGGCAGUUACAUCAUCAGCCUAAGAAAAUAAGAGGCGGUUUGUAAACUGAAUGAAGAGCACAGGUUUCAGAUGGAUGGUCUUCUAAGACUAACAGUAUUUGGACACUGUAAAGCUAACUAGUUUACGCUUCAUCGAUUUUCUAAAGU